AUGAGCCAGACAAGGGACCCACCCAGCGAACGCCUGCUCGCCGGCCGCGCGCAAGCCCGCCAGCGCGGGACGCUCGGGCUUCGGCGCUCUCCUCAGCCCCAUCCUUUCCCCUCCUCAGCCCAAGCAAAGCAAGAAGGGGCGGGAAGGCACUUGCGCCCGAGUCCUCAGCAUGUUGAAAUCCCGAAGGAUUUGGGGUGGGGGCGAGAGGUGGGGCCAGGAGCCAUAAAGUGGCUUCCGCUCCCUCCCCCCGGCCUGGCCCGGCUCUGGGAUCGGGCAAGACACAAAAGACGGGUAAUAUCUGUGCCAGCAACUCUGCCACCGCCUCCGUCCGCGCUGCGCAGGGCUACCGGGCGGCGGGGCCUGGCGGCCCGGUCCCCGCGCCGGCCGGGGCGCGCUCGGGGGCCGGAGCAUCCCUGGACGCCGCCGGAGCUCUCUGGUGCGCUUUUCGUGCCGCCCCCAACGGGAGCUCCUAGCUGCGCAGAUAAAGAGGCUGAGGCGGCGGCGGAGAAAUUGAGAGAAAAAGCAGGACUUACUUGGGGGCCGAACGCUCCGCCGGACUCCCGCUUCGCACUCGUCAGGUGUCUGGCACCGAGGGCCCAGGCGGAAGGCGCUGGCGCAGCUCCGAGCUGGGCUCCACUUGGCGAGCACGGGAAACUCCCCUUGCCGCUCGGCCCCGCGCCGCGCUCCUCGCUGUCACCGCACCGAGCGACGCAGGCACGCUCCCACCGCCUCCUCAGUCCUGGGACCCUCUCUGUGCAAGGCAUCCCCACAGCACCUGUGGCAGGCUGAAUAACGACCCCCCAAAGAUAUCCGUGUCCUAAUUCCCAGAACCUGUGAAUGUUACCUUACGUGGCAAAAAAUGGACUUUGCAGAUGUGAUUAAUUAAGGAUCUUAAGGGAAUAUUACCCUGGAUUAUCAAGACAUCUCAUAUUUUACAUUUCAAAUUAAAAUUAUUUGGAGACUUGAGAGUCAGACAGUUCCUGAUCGAAUCCCCAUGCCUCUGCUUACUAGUUGAGUAAACUUGGUAAGUUUUUAUUUUCUCUCAACUGAUUUUCACCCCGAAACAGAGGGAUAACAAUAAUCACCCCAUUAAGUUGUUACAAAAUUAGAUGAGAAAAUAUCUGUAAAAUGUUUCACGUAGUGAGUGCCUCAUCCAGAAUAAUCAGUCAAUUAAUGGUAACUUUGUUUUUGCCUUAUGAUAUGAUAUGAUUCCAUGCAGUGCUUCGUCUCCUAUUCAUGUCUACUGCAAUGAUUUGCACAUAUUAAGGGCUCAGAAAUAUUAGUUAAAUAAAUCAGUGAAGGGAUAUAAGGUUAUUUAUAUGAAAGUGCUAUGAGAUUGACAGAGUGUUAUAGAAUUUCAAGAGGUUAGUACUAAUAGUAAUAAUUAAUAAGUAAUAAUAGGGGAUACCUUUGAGUCUUUGAUUCUGGCUCGGCUUUGGAGAACUGCUCUGCAAGAAAUGUUUGAUGCUUAAACCUUUUUCAUCUAAAAAAUUCAGUUGGGAGAGACACUAUCUACAGAACAGCAACAUCUACUAAUCAAUGGAAAAUGGUUUAUUCAUUUUGCUUUACUUGAUAAAAAUUCCCAUUCUUCCUUCAAAGCCUUUUUACUAUAUUUCUUUCAGUGUACCUGUAUCAGUUAAAUUAGUCUUGGCUAAA